UUCCUUCUUUUUUUUUCUGCCUGAUCAGUCACAUGACGCAAAGUUGCGCUCGGAGUCCAGGAUUUGUGGUGAGACUGUGCGCCUGUCAACCGGAGCCGCGCGCCUUGUUGCCGAAAACCGGAGAGCAAACAUGAAUGUCUCUUUCUUCAACGCGACGCAGGGCGCGCUCUUCAACGGGAGCCAGACCUUCGCCGGGACUCUGGCCACAUAUUCCGGCAACGGCACCGACAGCGUGGUGACCGGCGACGGCGGAGGGUCCCUGGUGCUGCUGCAGGAGGAGCGCAAACUCUUCGUCAUGCGCGUGGUGCAAAUCGCGGUGCUGUGCGUGCUGUCGCUCACCGUCAUCUUCGGGAUCUUUUUUCUCGGGUGCAACCUGAUGAUCAAGUCGGAAAGCAUGAUUAACUUCUUGGUGAAGGAACGGAGACCGUCCAAAGACGUGGAAACCGUGAUGAUCGGGCUCAGCUAGUGCAGCGAGCUCGUGGCGCGGUGGAGGACUUGGAUGGAGAGGG